AUGGAGAGACCAACUGUCAAACAUCUACAAGCACUAAAAAGGAUACAUAGAUACAUCAAGGGCACUCUUAACUAUGGUUUGACUUAUACCAAAGGAGAAAGCAAAGUUACUCUCACAGGGUACUCUGACAGUGACUUUGGAAAAGAUAUGAAUGAUGGAAAGAGCACAGGUGGGACAACAUUCUAUAUGAAUGACAAUCUAGUGACAUGGGUCUCACAAAAGCAAUGCAGUGUAGCUUUGUCGUCCUGUGAAGCAGAGUUUAUGGCAGCAACCAUGGCAGCUUGCCAAGGUGUUUGGCUUCGGAGACUUCUCACUAAAAUAACAGGGAAAAAUAUGCCACAUGUAGCUCUGUUUAUUGAUAACCGCUCAGUUCUUGAAUUGAUGAACAACCCGAUGUUCCAUGGACGUAGCAAACACAUCGACAUAAAGUAUCACUUUAUUAGAGAAUGUGUUGAAAAUGGGGAGAUAAUAGUAAGUCAUGUGUGUGGCAUGAAGCAAAAGGCAGACAUUUACACAAAGACAAUGGCAUGA